CCCAUGCGAUCACCACUCUUCAUUGUGAAGCAGGAGACCUUUAAUGAUGAAGGGGGCGAUGUGGAGCAGGAAGUUCACAGCGCCGCUCAGCUCUGGCAGGACCACUCGCCCAACCUGCUCGCCGAGCGACGCUUCAACGCUGCCAUGGCAACCAUUGAGCCACACUGUGCUGUGUGCACACUUUUCUGUCCAUAUAAACAGGAGGCCCUGUCGCUGGACUCUGCGUCCCUGUUGGCGUCCGGCUGCGGCCGGUUCACACGGCCGCUGGUUCCUGAGAUGUGCUUCAGCAGUGGGGGGGACACCAGCGAGCCCCCGCCCCCCCGUUCUAGCAGCGGAACCCGCGACGACGGAACCAGCCUGCUCAUCUCCUGCUCCAGCUGUAGUCUACAGGUCCACGCCAGUUGCUAUGGCGUCCAGUCUGACAUGCAGAAGGAAGGAUGGAUGUGCUCAAGAUGCACAGCAGUGGCCUGGACCGCAGCGUGCUGUUUGUGUAACCUCAGAGGUGGAGCUUUGAAGAUGACAACAGAUAGCCGGUGGGUCCAUGUGAUGUGUGCCAUAUCCGUUCCUGAGGCUCGCUUUGUCAACGCCACUGAAAGAGAGCCCGUCGACGUCACCGCCAUCCCAGACACCAGGAAGAGCCUGAUGUGUGUGUACUGCCACAAGCCCAGCAGGCCGCCGUGUGGUGCAUGCAUCCAGUGUUCUCACGAGAGCUGCUCCACCUCCUUCCACGUCACCUGUGCACACCUGGCCGGGGUCGUCAUGAAGCCAGCCGAUUGGCCCUACGUUGUGUCAGUCACCUGCCAGAAGCACAAACGGACCAAUCAGAAGGUUAAGGUGGGGUCACGGGACCUGUUGCUAGGCCAGCAGGUGAUUGGUCGCUACAGCAACGGUUGGUUUUACCGCUGCAUCAUCAUCGGCAUGGCAACACAGAUUCUCUAUGAGGUCAACUUUGAUGACGGCUCUUACUGUGACAAUGUCUACCCUGAGAAUGUGGUGAGCCAUGACUGCCUACGCUCGGGCCCUCCUGAGACGGGUGAGAUUCUGUGUGUUUGUACCGCCGACGGACAGAUGCUUAACGCCUCUUUCAUCAAGGAACACACACACCGAUUCUACCAGGUGGAGUUUCAGGACAUGUCUCAGCUCCUUCUGAAACGCUCCGAGAUCUACACACUAGAGCAGGAGCUGCCCAAGAGGGUCAUGGCACGCCUGGUCCUGUCCGCUGUGAAGCCGGAGUCUCACUCUCAGGACGACGACGAGGCUCAAGCUGCCAAGAGGCCACGCCUCCCAGUCCCGCCUCCCCAGGAACCAGCCCCACUCACGCCAGCAUUAGCUCCGCCUCCCCAGGAACAGGCCCUGCCUUCACCAGCACUAGCCCCGCCUCCUGCCCCAGAGGCUGCAGCAAGCCACGCCCAUAACCAUGGUCCCGCCCCCGGCCCUUACGGCUUUCUCCCCCCCACCUCGCCGCCCCCCCACACCCAGCCCGCCCCCCCCACGCAGGCCACACACACGCACACACACACACACACACACACACCGGUUCCGCAGGAGGCCAGCUACACACCCAGCUCUGGAUACGUGGCCUACAUGGAGGCUCUGCUCAACUCGAACUUUCCCUCCGAGGAGGGGCCGGCCCACGAGGCCCAGGGCGUCAUGUAUUAAACACACACACACACACAGCAUUUACAUUUUAAUAUAUAGAUGCUCACAAAUACAUGCAUUAAUAUAUGUGCACAUAAUGCCUACACACACAUACCCUAUACAUAAACACCACACACACACACACACACACACACACACACACACACACUCCGAUUUCCUGCUAAUUAUGUUCCCAGGAACAAACUCAGAACUGAACUUGUCUGUCUGCAUGUGUGUUUUUGUAUGUAUGUUUGUUUGUAUGUUUGUCCAUAUGAUUUGACUGCUGUUGUCAGCCAUGUUGUCUUGGCUGAGUUCUUCAGCAGGUGGAGAUUUAUCACCUACCUUUCACCUGCCUAGUACCUCUCUCUCUCACUAACUCACUCUCUCUCAUACACACACACACACGCACACACACAGACAGACAGACACACACACCCACACACACACACACUCUCUCCUCAUCUCUGCCCCCACCAACAUGAUAUGCUGUUACUUUAUGUGUUCCCAUAAGUAUUUUUCUACAGUAAAGCCAAACACACACACACACACACAGACUCAAACUCCGCUAACUUGCAGGAAGGCACAAUAAGAGAGAACCAGUCAGAUAAGCAUUGUGUGUACAGUUUGUGGGGUGGGGGGGUGCGGGGGGGGGGUGGGGUGGUCCGGGAUCGUUGGGAUCAGGUGUUUCGGUGUCACAUGUAGAGCUUAUAUUUGAGAAUGCAAACCUUGGAAGAGACGUGCAGAAAUGUGUGUGUGUGUGUGUGUGUGUGUCUACACCUCACUAUCACUCUCUCUGUGUGUAAAACCACUGGGGAGUGUCUCUGUGUGUGUGAUGCUGUGAAAUAAUGAGAUGAUUUUGCUUUUGUCAAAAACACACACACAGACACACACACAUACAUACAUACACACACACACACACACACACACACAGAAGAGCAUGUGGUGCUGCUUCCAGGAAGGUUUUGUAGCACCCUUGAUAAAUGUAGAAUAUUGGAUACAAUAUGCUUUGUCUCUUUUUAUUAUGGUUGUUCUGAUUUCAAUGUUGUCUUGUAUGCUUUCUAAAGUUUUCAUUUUGUGAAAUUCUUGAAACCGUGUCAGAGGAUGGGGAAAAAAAGAGAUUGUUUUGACAGAUUUAUAACUCUUAUUUUUUAGAGAUUUUAGACACACAAAGAAUUCAGCUUUUAUUCCUGAUUAUUGGAAGUCCAUUUUCAAAGGUUUGUGAAAUAAACUCAGCUCUUCUGAUGGUGCUAGCAGGCCCUGUUGCUA